AACAACGAUACACUCAUGUCAGAUAUAUUGUUGCACUCUCCGCACCAAGUCAAAACUGUAGUCACAAACCCUUGUGCUUUUCGCAGUGUGUCGUUCUGCCCUCGGUACGGUGAGACCCUCUCCCUGGUCGGCCUACUCUAAAACGAUGACGGACCUCAUGUGCAUGUGGCACACCGGUGCUGUGUCACUUUGGCCGAUUGGCAUGACUCCCGGAACAAUAUUCUAAACCUCAGCGAAAUAUACAGUGGUGUGUAUUGUUGACAUAGUUUCCGCGCCACGGCCCUUCGAAAUAAGUCGGAUAGAAGAAAACCGAUCGAAAAUAGUAAGACCAGUUGCGACAUGGGUGUGAACUGCUGCCCGUCAACAUUCGAAAUAUGUGUCACCUUUGCGCGUACACACGAGCGAGAGUNUACCAACUAUUUACCGUCGGGCAGCCAAGACGAAGUCGCCAUCGAGUACCUUCUGGACGAAGUCUACCACAUGGAAUCAGGAACGGGGACGCAGAGGACCCGAUCGAGUUGGAAGAGAGGGGUGGCGGAAAGCAGCGGUGAUGACUCACCGGCGGGGGAGGGGGGGAUGAAGAAGGAGCCAGAAGACGAUACGCCGGGCAACGGGGAUGAUGCCCCCUCCGAAGAAAUCACACGAGAAGAAGGCGGGUUUCCGCAGAGGCCAAACAAGUGGAUGCACCACGAGUACCCUGACCUCCGAACCGCACGCAAAACAUCCGGACCCAAGGGUCGCGGCGCGCCCGGGGCCAAGGGUCGCGGCGGGAAGCAGAAGGCGAAGA